AGUUUUCAAAGCAUUUUAUGGACUUAGAUUAGGGUCCAAAGAGCAAGCAAGCAAACCGACUACAUCAACAGGUCUCCAAGGUUUGAGAAAGAAAUGGCGACUCCAGUCUUAACAGCGGUGAAGUACGGAAAUGUCACAAGGUGUUUUUUUAAAGAUGCAGUGAGAUGUGUGAGCACCACCUCAUCACUUCAGUCUCCUCGAAGACCAAAAACUGGUGGCCGAAACAUCGUCCUUGUAGAUGGGGUUCGCACGCCUUUCCUUCAGUCCAGCACAACCUACAAAAGUCUGAUGCCCCACGAUUUGGCUAGAACAGCUAUACAAGGCUUACUGAAAAGAACUGCUGUUAAAACAACUGAUGUGGAGUAUGUGGUGUUUGGGACAGUCAUUCAGGAGGUCAACACAAGCAACUUGGCUAGGGAGGCAUCACUGGGAGCAGGAAUGCCUCAGAAUAUUCCAGCUCACACCGUGACUCAAGCUUGUAUCUCCUCCAACCAAGCUAUAACAACAGGUGUUGGAUUGAUUGCAUCUGGACAGGUAGAUGCAGUGGUAUCAGGAGGGGUGGAGUUUAUGUCGGAUGUACCCAUCAGAUGGGGAAGGAAGCUCAGACAGAUGGCACUUAAAAUGAACAAAACCAAGGGAGCCCAGGCUCAGAUGUCCCUCCUCAUUAAGACACUGGCUUCCAAACCAGCCUUCUUGGAGAUCCCCGCCGUGGCAGAAUUCUCUACUGGUGAGGUCAUGGGUCACUCUGCUGACCGGCUGUGUGCUGCCUUCGGAAUCAGCCGGAUUGAGCAGGAUGAGUAUGCCCUGAGAUCACACACCAAGGCUCACUGGGCAUCAGAAAAGGGACUGUUGUCAGACAUUAUACCUUACAAAGUGCCAGGUGUUGCUGAAACUGUUGUGAAGGACAAUGGAAUUAGACCUUCCUCCAUUGAAAAACUGAGCAAGCUAAAAGCAGCAUUCAUCAAGCCACACGGAACAAUCACAGCGGCCAAUUCCUCUUUCCUGACUGACGGAGCCUCAGCCUGCCUGUUGAUGUCAGAGGAAAAAGCCCUGGCGCUUGGAUUUCAACCCAAGGCCUACCUCAGAGAGUUUGUUUAUGUAUCACAGGACCCCAAAGACCAGCUCCUGCUGGGGCCGGCGUAUGCUACUCCUCGAGUUUUAGAGAAGGCUGGUCUAGCCAUGUCUGACAUCAGUGUGUUUGAGUUCCACGAAGCUUUCGCUGGUCAGAUUCUAGCUAACCUGAAGGCCAUGGACUCGGAUUACUUUGCCAAGAAUCACAUGAAUAGAAGUGAGAAGGUAGGAACCCCUGAUCUGUCCAAGUUUAACCUGUGGGGAGGUUCCUUGUCCAUUGGUCAUCCAUUUGGUGCCACAGGAGUGAGGCUGCUCACCACAGCUGCCAACAGACUUAUUGACGAGGACGGCCAGUUUGCUCUCAUAGCUGCUUGUGCAGCAGGAGGCAUUGGGCAUGGAAUGGUUGUUGAGAGGUAUCCACAGAAAUGAGGCUCUCGGUGAUGACUGCAGAUUGUGAUAUAAACAUUGGACUCCUGGUGUGUGAGAUCUGGCCCGACUACAUAGUGCAUAAUGUUACACACCAUUAUUUGUAUUGAAUAUCAUUCACAUAUUUAUUUCAUUAACAUGACUUCAUUCUGUACACCACGCUAUGUGUACAUUUGGCUGUACAAUGAAUGAACUAGGGAUGUGUCAUGUGUUAUACAGUAUCUGUACAUAAACAAGAAAAUCUGU